AUGGUCUUAAGAUGUCACUUGCAGGGCAUUCGGCAGGCCAUAAUAUACUGUGUUCAUCGCCAAUAUGCUACAACGUCCGUUCAGCAUCCUUCCAAACUGCGGAACAUGGCUCUGGUAGCUCAUAUAGACUCUGGUAAAACUACUCUUACGGAGUCCAUUCUACUCAAAUCAUCGUAUCUGGCGGCAUCUGGAACCGUGGAUACAGGAAGCACAACGACUGACUACCUUCCUGUCGAACGAGAAAGAGGCAUCACAGUGCAAUCCGCUAGCAUUCCAGUCAAAUGGAAAGAUUGGACCUUCAAUCUUAUUGAUACACCUGGACAUGCUGACUUUGGAAUGGAAGUAGAAAGUGCAAGCCGCGUCGUGGACGGUGCUGUUGUUCUCAUUGACUCGGUGGAAGGAGUAGAGGCCCAGACUCGAGGGGUAUGGCGUCAGCUCGACAGGUAUGGCGUUGGGACUAGGAUGAUCUUUUUGAACAAAUUGGAUAGACCUGGUGCUUCAUUCAAGUCCUCAUUAAAGUCUCUCUUAAAGCAUAGACUUCACCAAAAUCCUAUCGCACUUACGCUUCCGGUUGCUUCCUUCAACCCUCAGCACUAUGCGGAAGGAGAGCCUGGAAUCCAAGGUUUGGUUGACCUUGUUAGAUGGAAUGUCUGGAAAUGGGACGAAGAAGGACAAGUAUCAAAGUAUCCUUUACCCCGGAAUAUCACCGACUUGGAAAAAGACAGCAUUUUACCUCCUUCACAUCCUCUAUCCUCGCAUUUGGUUUCAGCUAGGACUCAACUACUAGAAAAUCUCUCCAUGAUCUCGGAGAGUUUCAUGGAAAUUCUACUCAACUUGCCCUCCGAUCCAUCUGCGUAUCUCCAAAUUGACGAUGACGUUGUAAUGAAGCAUCUUCGUGAAGCAUCACUUGGGUGCCAUAUGCUACCAGUUGUAUGUGGUGCGGCAGCAAAGCACAUAGGUACCGAGCUUGUUAUGGAUUAUGUUGGGGAACUACUUGCAAGCCCAACGGAUGUAAGCCCACAGGUUUGGAAAUCUAAUACACCCGUUCAGUUACUUGCCUGGAAAGUUAAUUGGGAUGACAAGAGAGGUUGGAUGACAUUCGUUCGUGUUUAUGCGGGAAAGCUUACCCGACAAACACUUCUUUUGAACACUAAUAGGAAUCAGAAAGAAAAGGUCUCGAAAUUGCUCUUACUCUACGCCUCAGAGGCCAAAGAGGUUGACGAACUUCCCUUUGGUUCAGUUGGAGUAAUCCUGGGUUUAAAAUAUACGAGAACGGGUGAUACAUUGGUUGCAUCAGGCGCAUCAGAAUCCUUUAGAUCGACGUUACGCGAUAUCACUCCCCCUCCAGCAGUGAUAUCAGCCUCCGUCAUCCCUCGUUCUCAUGCGGACCUCCAACCCGUUCAAAACGCUCUGGAAUCUUUAACGCGAACAGACCCUUCCCUUCGUGUCGAUAUUCAAGAAGGCCAAAUACUUGUGCAUGGCCUCGGUGCUCUUCAUUUGGAAAUUGUGGAGGGCCGAUUGCACGAUGAAUGGAAAGUUAAUUUUGAAUUUGGCCGAAGAUACGUUAGCUAUCGAGAGGCAUUGGGACCUCGGGAACCUUCGCCGAAUUGGAACGUCUGGGAAACUGAUAUCGGUGGCAAGCCUGUUACUUUGACCGCCCCUCUUAAAAUUCGCGCUUUGGAGCCUGACGAAAAGGGUGACCCUGUCUGGGACGGGAACAUUGUAAUUGAUGAAAAGGGAAGACCUGUCCCAGCUCCCGAAUCUAUGCCUGGAUUGCCUUUGACAUAUGCAGCGGAUGGAGUGCUUAGCGCUUUGUCCAAUUCUCCACAUUCGUCUUUGCCAAUGACGCGAUUGCACAUCCAAAUCGGCAGCUUAAAAAACAUCGGAUCUAAAGUUCCGUCACUUAUCACAGGAGCAACGGCUACCGCUCUUCGAAAACGUAUUCGCGACGCAGGAUUUGGUCCAUUAUUGGAACCAUCAGUCUUGCUAAAAAUUUCAGUCGGCGAAAGCAAUUUAGGAAAAGUGGUCAAGGAUUUGACUGAACGUGGUGGCCAAUUAUUGGACCUCGAAGGUGGAAAUAGUUCAAAUGAUGGUUCCGAGGUGGAGGGCUAUUCUGAGGAUGGUGUAUAUAUUCCGCCAGAUUGGUUAUCACCCUCUGGAGCGCCAACAUCUCGAGUUCACAGUCGCGGCUCUCACAUAAAGCGCUCCAUACAGGCCAUUGCGCCAUUAAGCCAAUUUCUCGAUUACUCAAAUCGGUUACGUUCCUUAUCAGAAGGACACGGAACAUUUGAAAUGUCCAACGCCGGUUUCGAAGAAGUUAACGAAGAACGCAAACUCGAAAUUCUCAGAGAGAUCGGACGAGCAUAG